CAUCUGUUGCAAAGGCACUUGGUGUGUCAUGCAUACAUUAGAGCUUAAGAAGAGCAGAGUCUAGGGGGAGACCAAGGAGGUUCUACACUGAGUGUCAUCACAAAUUACUAGAAGAACUUGCAGUCUCGCUCACUCUCCUCUCGUCCGCUUUUGGCAGGAGCUAAGGCAGACGAGCUACCAACACGCCACCUCUCUCUCGCACACACACGCUCUCUCUAACAUACACACGCACCGGUUCGAUUCCUCCCUCGUCUUCUUUUACGCAGUCUUUCCAGUCUCUUUUAGUCAUUUAAGUUCUUGAGCGGUCUGAUAUUUUUGCUUUUAUCUUUUUUGUUGGUAAGAAAUGGACAUUUUUUCAGAGCCUUCCAGAGCCUCAACUUUUGGCGCUUGAAUUUUGUUCAAAUUUUUUUGUUUGUUUUGGAAAUGUUUUAUUUCUAAUGGAAAGACAUCCCGAUUGUGGUCUAAAACAGACGUGAUGCUUCAGGAGUUAAACGCGAGUGUUUUCUUCCCACCUUGCUUACAGCACCGACCUUUAGCUCAAGUUCCUGAUAAUGACGAGCAGUUUGUUCCAGACUUUCAGACUGAAAACUAAGAAAGAAAGUCAUAUGGGUUUGGGACGACAUGAGGUGGCAUUUCACGGGCUGCAUUUGAGGAUAAAAAGAGAGCCCCACAGUCCAUGUACUGAUCUGGGGUCAGCCUGUAGUCAGGAGAGGCCCUUCAGACUCCACUAUGGAGAGAAGUGCCUGUAUAACAUCAGUGCCUACGAGCAGAAGCAUCCCGCUGGAAUGAAGGCCUCCAGCCCAGUGUCUACCCCCUGCAGUACACCCGUGUCCCCUGGCCAGCAUGUGUCUCCCACCGCUGCCCCGACCCCUAAACCAGACAGAACGUAUCCUCACCUCGCUCCACCUCAACCCCUCCCUGACAGUGCUUACCCCAUGGACCACAGAUUUCGGCGGCAGCUGUCGGAGCCGUGCCAUUCGUUCCCUUCACCUCCUUCAAUGUCACGGGACGGACGGCCCAUGUAUCACAGACAGAUGUCGGAACCCAGCAUCCCUUUCCCUCCUCAGGGGUUCAAGCAGGAGUACGCCGACCCCCUCUUUGAGCAUCCGGCCAUGGUGGGGGGCCCUCUUCCCCAGACGUACCCGCACUCCAUGAUGAUCAAACAAGAGCCCCGCGACUUCACUUACGACUCGGAAGUGCCUAGCUGUCACUCUGUAUAUCUGAGACAAGAGGGAUAUCUGACCCACACUAACAGAGCAGAAGGCUGUAUGUUCGACAAAGUUGCAAGGCACUUUUAUGACGACACGUGCGUGGUCCCAGACAAGGUGGAAGGCGACAUAAAGCAGGAGGCGGGGAUGUAUCGUGAAGGCCCAACCUAUCAGAGACGAGGCUCAUUGCAGCUUUGGCAGUUUUUGGUAGCCCUUCUGGAUGACCCCUCAAACUCGCAUUUCAUCGCAUGGACUGGACGAGGAAUGGAGUUCAAACUCAUUGAGCCAGAGGAGGUGGCACGGCGCUGGGGAAUUCAGAAGAAUCGACCUGCCAUGAACUACGACAAACUCAGCAGAUCGUUGCGCUAUUACUAUGAAAAAGGAAUCAUGCAAAAGGUUGCAGGUGAAAGAUAUGUGUAUAAGUUUGUCUGUGACCCCGAGGCCUUGUUCUCCAUGGCCUUCCCUGACAAUCAGCGGCCUGUGCUGAAGACCGACCUGGAGCGUCAGAUCAACGAGGAAGACACUGUACCGCUGUCCCACUUCGAUGAGAACAUGGCGUACGUUCAAGACGCCGGCUACUGCAACCCCCACCCUUACAGCGAGGGUUAUGUCUACUGAACACUGAGAGACGUGAACAGUGUCCUGCGCCCUCAAAAAACUUUCAGACUCCCUGAUUUUCUUCUCAGUCAUUCCCCAGGACAAAGAGGAAGUGCACUUUAUGGACAGAGUCACAGUGUCAAGCUACAGACUUACUACAGUAGUUACUUUAGAUGCUCCUUUGGUGUUGAUGUGGAAGAGGAUGUUUCAGCAUGCCGUAAUCUCAAGGGGACGUGGCCUCUCUCUGGACGGACGUUUUGAUCUGUUAAGACAGGUUAGAGUCUGGAGCACGCGGAUGGAUGAACCCCGACCUCUUUUACCGCCGACAUUCUUCUCGGACUGUUUGUGGAGCUUUGUUAUUUUCACACGGUUUUCACCACGUUUGUUUUCUCUCCCUUGGUGUCAUACUGAGUACCUGAGUAAAGAAUACAGUGUAUUACUAUUGAAAUAAAAUCCUUCAAACUUUCCAUGUUGAUGUGAAGAGAGCACAUGUCUAAAGAGAUUCACAUGGCAAACAUUCCAUAAACAUCGAUCUGUCCUGGACUUAAAAAACAUCUUUGACUACUUUUGGUGGUUAUAUACUAGCACAGCUUAAUGACAAAUUUAUGUUAUUUAUGAAGGGUUAUUAUACACUAAUAUUUGUCAUACCGUAUAUAUAUAUUCCCAAAUGAAUAUACAGUCUUAGAUAAAGGGAGGUGCAAGAAAAUCUUAAUGAAUUAAUAAAAGUUUAAAAAAUCCCAUUAAAGCAUGAUUUUAAAUUCAUACAUUCAAAUGCUGCUCAGAAUUUUCUUUGACUUCUUUGACUUUUAAUAAACAUAUCCAUAGACCUGUACAGGUCAGUAUCAGUUGAAUAUAUUUGGGACCAUAUUUCACAGAAUUUGACUGAUAAAUCAUAAAACAAAUCAAAUAUUUUUCAGGUGUCAGGUGUCUACGUUUUCAUUUACGGUUAGAAUUUCUUUUUCUAUUAUAUUAUCAUUAAAGUGAAUGUUGUUCCAUUACUCGCUCCCCCGUUCCAUGUUUGAACAUAUAAACGUGUAUAUUCAGGUUAAUGCGCCUCAAUGCUGCUUUUCGUGUCAUUUUAGUCACGUAUGAUCAGACGGCAGCUACGCUCUGCAGUACCUUCAUUAUUUCAUUCAUUCUUUUUUUACAUUGAAAAAAAAUCAGUGUUUAUGGAAUGUAUAAAUAUAUAUACAUAACUGAGAAAAGAAUGGCAAUAGCUACAGUUCUGUAAUAAAAUAGUGUUGAAAUACA